UUGCCAGUGGAAUGACUGGCCUGUGAUGGUGGAGUGUGGAGCCUCUCACCCUGUUUGUUGUCCUGUCCAGACCCAGGAGAGUUGCUGCUUCCUGCGCCACAUGUUGAGGUUCUACGUGGAGACGGUCUUCAGACAUCACACCCCGUCCAGCCCGCUGAUGGAGAGGAGAACCAGCUGCCUGGCCAACUGCUUCCUCAGCAUCAAGAUCCUGCUCCGACAAUGUCUUUUCUUUGCCAUGCAGCACGAUGAGAUGAGGUGUCACUGUGCUGAGGAAACCAGGGAGAAGAUCAAACUCAUCCAAGACGCCUUCGAGAAGGUAGGUGACUGGUGUUUGCGUCCUGUGUUGACCAAUGACCCUGUGCCUUUUCAGAUGGACUUAAACGCGGCGGCUGUUAAAGCGAUCGGUGAAAUCAAUAUUCUGAUCGAUUGGAUGCAGCAAGCCUAGCGG